AAAUUAUUGUUAUCAGUGUUUAUUCCAAUAUCUAUUAACGGCAAUAAUAAUCAGAAAAAUAUAGUUCUUAUUUCUUUAUUUGUUUAAAGCAUAUGUGAAUAAUGUUGCCGUUAUGAUCUUCACUCUUCACCAGUAGGUGGCGGUGAUGAACAACAAGUUAGUUAGUUUGCCCACCGCCGUUAAACUCAAGAAGAAGAAAGAGAAGCUGAAGAAGAAGAUGACUCGUACCAAGUGUUUACAUCUUUCUUGACUUCGUGCUGAAGUUAAUUUGAUCAGCAUCGCUUAGUGGGUCGUGGGAUAGUCUUAUAAGAUAGUUAACACACUGUGUAAAGAUGCAUGUUGUAAUUCGAUAAGGGGUUCUGGUGUUUUAGGGAAAUGUAUGACUGUUUGCAGUGAAGAUGUCUUCAGUUCCGCCCCAGAAAGAGAUUAGCAACGAGCAGGAAACUCCUGCUGAAGAAACCUUCAUGGAGUUCAAAGAAGUGGCCGUGAAGCCAGAGGAAGAGAUGGAUGAUCAGCUCAGGCUGCUGGAGCUCAGCCGGAUCCCCCCGAUAAUCUUACAGCGAAUAGAUCCCCAAAAAUAUUGUGUCUGUAAUGAGGAGGAGGUUCACACUGAGCUCAGCAACCAGGAGGGAAUCUCCUCUUUAUAUAAAGAGGAACCAGAACCUCUGCAGGUAAAACUGGAGAAAGAGGAACAAGAACAUCAAACGUUUAAAGAGGAAGAGAGGGAACUCUCCAUCAGUCAGGUUGAAAAGCAACUUGUGCUGAAACAGGAGACCGACAUUUUAAUCAUUCAUUCUAAUGUGCAAAGACUCCACAAUGAAACGGAACAAUACAGGAACCAACUCAUCUCUCAGGCCUCCGCUGAAGUUGAGAACCGGGAUCAGGAAGGAAACAAUAAUGAUGACCCAAGAAAAAAGAUAAAAGAGCAGAAGGAGAAUGACAGAUGUGAGAAACACAAACAGCCAAAAGGCAAUGCUGAAAUUUCAAAGCAAAAAACCAACAAGCAAAGUCACCCCAACCAAAAUAUAUAUUCUUGUCAAAUUGGUUAUAAAAACUUUUCUCAAAAAAGUCACCUGAGUACACACAUGAGAACACACAAGGCGAAAAAGCCUUUGACAUGUACAACCUGUGGAAAGAGUUACAGUGGUAGAAGUGGGUUAACGCAUCACAUGAUGGUUCACACAGGUGAGAAACCUUUCACCUGUGUGAACUGUGGAAAAUGUUUUGGUCAAAAAAGUGUUUUAAAAACACACAUGCGAGCCCACACAGGAGAGAAGCCUUUCAGAUGUACAACCUGUGGAAAGAGUUUCAGUCAUAGCAAUAGUUUAACUUAUCACAUGAGAGCUCACACAGGUGAGAAGCCUUUCACAUGUGUGAACUGUGGGAAAUGUUUCAGUCUAAUGUGUACUUUAAAAAUUCACAUGAGAACUCACACAGGUGAGAAGCCUUUCACAUGUGUGAAUUGUGGAAAAACGUUUAUUCAAAAAAGUCGUUUAGAAAUACACAUGAGAGUUCACACAGGUGAGAAGCCUUUCACAUGUGUGAACUGUGGAAAAUGUUUUAGUCUGAAGUGCAAUUUAAAAAUUCACAUGAGAGCACACACAGGUGAGAAGCCUUUCACAUGUGUGAACUGCGGGAAAAGUUUUGGUCAAAAAAGUGCUUUAAAAACACACAUGCGAUAUCACACAGGAGAGAAGCCUUUCACAUGUUUGACCUGUGGAAAAAGUUUUAUUCAAAAAAGUCGUUUACAAAUACACAUAAGAGCUCACACAGGUGAGAAGCCUUUUACAUGUGUGAACUGUGGAAAGAGUUUCAGUAAUAGAAGUCCUUUAAAUUAUCACAUGAGAACUCACACAGGUGAGAAGCCUUUCACGUGUGUGAAUUGUGGAAAAAGUUUUAGUCUAAAAAGCAAUUUAAAAAUUCACAUGAGAAAUCACACAGGUGAGAAUCCUUUCACAUGUCUGACCUGUGGAAAGAGUUUUACGAAAAAGGAUAAUUUGGCACGUCACAUAAGAACUCACACAGGUGAGAAACCUUUCGUAUGUGUGACCUGUGGAAAGAGUUACAUUGAUAGAAGUAGUUUAACUUAUCACAUGAGAAUUCACUCAGGUGAGAAGCCUUUCACAUGUUUGACCUGUGGAAAAAGUUUUACAAAAAAUAAUAAUUUGGCACGUCACAUGAGCGCUCACUCAGGUGAGAAGCCUUUCCCAUGUGUUAACUGUGGAAAGAAUUUCAGUACUAGAAGUCAUUUAAAAUAUCACAUGAGAACUCACACAGGUGAGAAGCCUUUCACAUGUGUGACAUGUGGAAAAAGUUUUACAAAAAAAGAUACUUUGGUACGUCACAUGAGAAUUCACAAAGGACCUAUUGAAAAAGUUAGUAAUAUACAUACGUAGUUUAGGCAGGGGUAAUUUUUCAGAAAAUAUUUGUGUGAAAAAUAUUUAAUAUUAGAGUAACUAAAUAUAGAUAUAUAUUCCUGCAUUAGGUAUAUGUAAUAUGUUUUAUUUAAAUAAGGGGCCAUUAGAACUCCCCCCACCCCAACAUAAAAUGGUUUGACCAUUAGGACACCAACUGGCUGCAACUUUGAAAGUUCGUUCCGCUGCAAACUAAGAAUCACAGGUGCACAGAAAAGAAAAGAGAAAAAGAGAAGAUGACACCAAAGGCUUGGGGGAUUUUAUGAGUAAAUAUUUUUUUAAAACUGAGGAUGAGUCAAGAAUAGGUCUAGGAACGGAAAUGCAGAGGAAUGAUGCCCAUCCUGGAAAGAAGCAAGUUUGAGGAGGAGACGGAGAGAACCAUCCCUACUGAUAACAGAGACAGUGCAGGUGGAGGGGCUUGCUGCCCGAUCGGAUAGUCUGAGCAUAGUCACUCAGAGAUGGAUCACAGCAUUAAUUUCAAUGAUCCCGCGUAUGGUCAACAAACAUGACUGAUUCUGAUUGAGUGAAUGUUGUGCGUUUAAUGGCAAAAAGGAAGCCUUUCUCAGAGAUGGCAAAUGAACCGC